UUGUCCCAACUCAGUGCUGUUUGGGUUCUCGAUCGGUACGGACGGGUUUUCGCGCGCGCGUGUCCAAUAGUUGAAGAGCGUUUCAACCGGUUCGUUUCCCGCGACGUUCUAGAGCGGGUUCUAGAGGGUGUGCGUACUUGCGCGUACUUUAAGUGCUGUGUGUUACAGUUAUCGAGUUUGGAUUCUUCGAUUUGAGCGUUUCGUGCUUGGAGGAAGUUCUGCCCUCGCUAGUCCACGUUCGUAACUCGUUCGGAGCGCGCGCGUCAAAGGAGGUCGGAAGCUUCAGUGUGCACGUGCGGUGUAGAGUUGCGAAGUUCGGGACGCGCCCGGGUUGAGUUUCAAGUCCUGUCGGGUUGAAGUGCGUCCAAAUAAAAUAUCUACGACGGUGAAGAGAGCGUGUGUUGCUGUACUUUGGACACCACAAAAUCAAAAAGCAAAAAACACACAUUCGUGUGACUCAGCGAAAAUAACGCAUAUAGUUUUGAUGGGUGAUUCAAUAUCUCGUGUGCAAACGGUGAAGCGUAAUUCUUGAAGAAGAGCACAGUCACACAUCAGUAGUGUGUGGAUGGAUAAUCAGGCUGAGCUAAUUUCAAUCAAGAAUCAAACCCGGUGACCGGAGCUGGAUUCUCUCGGUAGUGCGAUUAAAGAUAGUGGCAGCGUGGACAACUACGGUUUGGACGUAGGGCGUAUUUCCCUCUCCACAAUCAGAACAUCCAUCACCAGCUGCAACUGCACCCAAACAAAGUCGAAACUCCCACAAAACUACAAAUCUAAAUGAAAGGUGAAAGUGGCACGCCAGAAGGUCUGCUCGCGAAAAAGUAGUCCACGUGAGACUGUCGGUUGGCCAUUCACCGAGAAAAAAAAAACUUUAAGGAAACAAAAUAAGCCAAGUCUCGUCACAGAAGCGGGCCUAAUGUCCGGUCAUUUUUCGGAGACUGCACCGAGAGCAAAGCCCAAAAAAGCAACGAACUUCAGCGGCAGUCAGUGAAAGUACGUCGAAGCAGCUGGACCAUUCGAGUGCGGUUUCGCGAAGCAAUUUUCGGGCUAGCCGGAGAAACCAAAACAAAAACACAAGAAGGGGCGGGGGAAUCGCAGUUUCAGUUGAACGUCCUCUUGCCACACGUGCGGGGGUUAACACCAGAAGAACCAGCUUCGUCAAACGGCCAGGCAAAAUGGCCAAAGACGUGGAGUUUCAAGACAUCGAGUACACGGUCAGUGUGCGGAAAAGUUUUGUUAGCGAAAGCCGAAAACAGACCAUCCUCAAAGGCGUCAGUGGCGUAUUCCGGCAUGGCCAAUUAUCGGCAAUUAUGGGACCUUCGGGUGCGGGCAAAAGCAGCCUGCUGAACGCAAUCUCCGGCUAUCGGAAAACUGGCGUCCAGGGAACCAUCCACAUCAACCGGAAAGCGUCCUGCUACAUCACCCAGGAAGAUCACCACCAGCCUCUAAUCACAGUGGAGGAAAUGAUGCACAUGGCUUGCCAGCUUAAAAUUAAAGGAAAGGCCAACUACGCCGAAACCAUCACCGAUGUGUUGUCCAACCUUAACCUGAACCACCGUCGGAACGUAACGGCGGAUCGGUUGAGCGGUGGCGAACGGAAGCGACUUUCGAUCGCACUCGAGAUGGUGGCCAAUCCGUCAUUUUUCCUGGACGAACCCACCAGCGGACUGGACGAGGUCACGGCGGCCGUCUGUGUUCGGUUGUUCCGCGAUUUAGCGAAGCAAGGUCGGACGGUGGUUUGUACCAUCCAUCAACCGUCGGCCAGUAUCUUUGCGUUGUUUGAUCACAUCUACGUGAUUGCACGGGGCCAGUGCGUGUUCCAGGGAAAUCCAAAGGCGGUGGUCCCGUUCCUGUCGCACAUGCACAUCGAGUGUCCCCGGCACUACAAUCCGGCUGAUUUCAUAAUCGAGAUCUGUGAUAGUGAAACCCAUGAGGUGAUUGCCGCCAUGUCGGAAGCCAUGUACAAUGGGAAGGCCAUCUGUGCCAAGCUGCAACUGCCAACCUCUGCGGGAAAUUCCACCUCCACAGCAUCACCGGCCACCGAGGAAGACGACCAGCCCAGUUCGCUUGAACCAGUGAGCGACUUUGUCAUCAAACCGCUGGUCACGUCGAUGGUGCUGGAGCAGGCCCGGCCGCGGGUGUCCACGCUCGUUCAAAAGAUGAAGCAAAUCACCCGGUUCUUCCACAGUCCGCACGCCGUCUCCGGCUUCGUGCAGUUCUGGGUGCUGUUCCGGCUCAUGUGGACCAAGAUUGUGCGGAACCGGACGGUUCUGUGGAUCCAGUUCCUGCACCACGUGAUUUGUGGGAUGUUUGUUGGACUGAUUUUCUUCAACUCCGCCAACGAUGGAGCGCGGAUGUUCGAUCACCUCAAGUUUUGUUUAGGAAUUUGUUUCUUCUUCUGUUACACACAAGUGAUGGUUCCAAUUUUAAGUUAUCCUCGCGAGGUCAAGCUGGUCAAGAAGGAGUGCUUCAACCGGUGGUACGGCCUGUUCCCGUAUUAUCUGGCGCUCACCCUAUCCCGACUACCCGUGCAAGUGUUCCUCAACGUGAUCUUCACCCUGAUCGUGUACUGGCUGGCUGGCCUUCCUGCCGAACUGUUCCGUUACGCGCUGUUUACCCUGGUCGGGUUGAUCGUAUCGCUGUGCGCGGAGGGCUUUGGACUGAUGAUCGGCGCUACGUUCAAUGUGAUGAAUGGAUCCGCGAUUGGUCCGCUCACGAGCCCCUUCCUCGGGCUGGCCAUCUACGGGUUCGACUUUGCGCCGCAGAUUCCGGUCAUCAUGCAGUGGCUGAUGCGGGUGUCCUUUAUCCGCGGCGGCAUCGUGUCCGUCGUGCUGGUCGUGUUCGGUUACGACCGGCAGCGGCUCGAUUGCAACGAAAUGUACUGUCACUUUGACGACCCGAAGGUUCUGCUGCACUACGUGCGGAUAGACAACACGAAUCUCCUCUUCGAGCUGAGCAUCCUGAUUUCGAUGACGCUGUUCUACCGACUGCUGUGCUACCUCAGCCUCAGGAGACGGUUCUACAAGUGAAGCGUGCAGAACUGAGCAGUGCAACAAUUCAAUGACCCAAAUGUGAUCAAAUUUUAGCUAGUAUAGAGAAACGUAGGAAUAGGAAGAAACACCGUUUUUACUCGGGUAACGUUUUUAGGAAGGUAGCCGUAACCGUUUUAAGCAAUAGCAUUAGAGCAGUAACAUUCCAAGAGGGCAAAACUGAGGUAGCAGCACAGUUCGUUUUCUUUUAGGACCAAAAAA